AUGAAUACAUUUGUUCCAGUGUUGGACUGCGUGGUGUCCAGCUGGGGGGACUGGUCGGAGUGUGACACAGCAUGUGGUUCCGGCAGCAUGGUGAGGAGUAGGACUGUACUCCAGGCAGCCACGCACGGUGGUCGACAUUGUCCCUCGCUUGUCCAGAGACGGGCUUGUCAAGCGCACCAUGGCUGUACCGAAGAUAGUGAUGUGCCCUUACGAGAAGAGACAGCUAUGAUCCUGCCAGGAGUCCUUUCCGUCAGCCGGCAUUCUAAUGACACUGUUGACAUUAGGAAGAAUCUGAGGCUGCGUAACCCGGAUGAUCCGGAAUCAAAUUCCCAUCGGGAGUACUGCGUCCAGUUCGAAGUUCUGAAAGUUUCCAAAGCGUGCCACACUGAUUCCGAUUACAAAGCUCUUCGUGAAGGCAACACAAUAUGCGUUAUGUGCGAAGCUGCGGCUCUUAAAAGAGAUCUAAAAUGGCGCUGUAGCGGCCAUGGGGUGUCCGGUCAUUCCACCCGCUUCUACGCCCUGGUGGCACCGCAUUGUCACGGGAAGUGGAUCCGGGCUAAGGACACCCUGGACAAACGGAGCGAUUGCUGUACCAACCCGGAUUUCAUUUUUGUAUAA